AUGCAUAGUCCUCCCGCUGACGUCCCCGAGCCCGGCGGGCCUUCGCCGGCUGAUGCAGCCUCAGCUUCCAUAGCUCGCCGCCGCAAGUUUACUAUACAGAGUAGCUUCGGCCAGGCGCGUGAGCGCAGGAGCCGAAAGAAUCGUCCCUGCGAUGCCUGCCGCCGACGCAAGACUGCCUGCGUCAUUACUGACCAGCCACCAUGUCGCUUUUGUGAGACACGAGGCAUCCCCUGCUUGUCUUCCGGCACACUGGCCGACAAGGACGCCGGUGCCACUGCAGACGGUGAUCACGCCUCGCCAGAUGCUGCGUCACCUCACUCAGUCUCCAUCUCAUCCCCUGCAGACUCAAUCCGCCAUAGUCGCCCAGACCUCUUUCCCAACGGUGCCUCACGCCCGCCUGUAACCUCAUGGCCGACGCCUUCGCACGACAGUCCUGGUUCCUCCCACCACGCCUUCUCUCCAAUCAAUGUCGCGUCGCAGCAGUCCGCAGCCAGAACCCCAGCCCAAGACAGUCCUCAUCCUUCUUCUCAAGCAUCCCUUCCUCCCGCAUUCACUGACAAGGACCGCCCGAGCGCAGUCAAGCUCCCCUCUGCAGCCACCAUUACUACAUUUACCAAGGGCAGCGCUGAGGGCAUGGGCAUCUGGCCCACGAAUGGCCCUGGGCGUAUUCAUACCCUCGAGGAUAACGUGAACAAAACUGCCAACUACAUGGGGCCAGCUGCAGAGCAAGAUACCCAUGUUCUUGACUCGUUUCGCUACAUGAUUGUCAGCGAGAUCGACGAGAUUGACGCCGACUACCUGCAGGUUUACCCAGGCAGCUCACAAUUGAACGACCCCCCUGUCCAUUUUCUGCUCUUAGAGAAUGAAGUACCCGAAUAUACCAAUCGCCCAAAACGGGAAGCAUCCUUGGCCAUUGAAUCAAGAGUCUAUCCGUAUGGACCGAACCUUGUUCGUCUAUACUUCAAAUACGUUCAUCCAGUGUACCCGGUCGUUUCCAAGGUUCGGUUCCUACGUCUAUACAACUCGAGCAAGGAAAAGAUCCCAGCAUCGCUUCGCGGCGCUGUUUACGCCUUGGCCACGGUAUUCUGGAAUAGAGACCCGUCGCUCAAGGGCCCCUGUCCCUGGGAGCAACACGAGUUGCAUACUCAAGCACAGAGCUCCUUGCGUUGUGAGCUUGAAAAUCCCAAUCUCGCCAAUCUGCAAGCAUGCCUGCUUUUGAUUCACAUGGCCCCGCCUUGGACCGAUACAGUAGAAACGCCCAGUAUCUGGAUCCUCGCAGCCCAAGCUGUCUCCAACGCGCAGAUGAGCGGCCUACACCAAGAUCCGUCGAACUGGAACAUAGAAUCAUGGGAGAAAAAACUGCGCAAAAAGUUGUGGUGGGCUAUUUACAUGGCUGAUUGCUGGACUUCCAUCUGUCAUGGUAAUCCGCCUCACAUAUAUCGUGAAUCAUUUGACACAACACCGCCUGACCUGGAGGACGUUCGCUUCGACGAAGACGUACCGGAGGAUUUGAAGCAUAUGGUCGAUCCAGACUCAUCAGUGUUCCAGGUAGCUGUUGGUCAACGAUUCUUGGAGAUGGUUCGCAUCACCAGAAUUGUGCGCGAAAUCAUUGAUUGCAGCUUUCUUGUUAAUCCAAGCGCGCGGUAUCCUCAUGGCCCUGACCAUGUUUUUCACACACUGGCAGCCCAGAAAGAAAAGCUCCAUGAGUGGCCUGCUCUGCUUCCGCAGUGCUUGUCCACAAGACGGAUAAACUCAGCUCCCGCUAUCCAUAACAACUGCCCAUUGCACUUGAUGUACCACGCUGCCAAAGUUUUACUAUUUCGAGCGAUCCUUUCCCCUGCCACAAAAGCAGCCAGAGCAGACCCAAAUUCGAGCCUACGCAGGAAUUUUCAUGAAGCGGUCUACGAAAUGCAACAAUUCGCAACCUUUAUGGACGAGGUCACAGAGGGGGACUUGCAAGGUUUCUGGGGCCGGCUGGGACGGUCUCAACUCAUACUGUGCGGCAACUUCAUGAUACAUCUUUUCAUCGUCGCCUCCGGCCCAGACGAUAUCAGAGUGGCUCAUCAUGUUCUUCUGAGCUUUCAUCAGUCGUUGCAGCGUUUGGCAGCUACGCAAUACUAUGUCGGAAAGCUACUUCUUCGCCCUGUAGCCCUACGCAUGGACUCUUUUUUCUCACAGGCUGGUGAGAUUAUCAGACGUGGCGGCCAUGGAUAUUGGCAGCUGGACUCUCUCAAAAUUAUCAAAGAUGGCACUCUUUAA